AUGCCAACCAGACUACAACAUUUAGCUAAGCACAGAACACACAUUGAAAAAUUUGACUCCAAUAAUGAGUCCAAUCCACUCAACAUCAGGGGAAAAGCAUAUGUGGUGUUGAACCAAGGUUUUUUAACCCAAGCACAUGUGGAUUUGAGUGCUACAUUCAGUCCAAUUGUGACCCCUCAAGAUGAGUGA